CUCUCGUAGGCAUUAUGGGAUAAGGGCGGAAUUGCAGCGGUUUCCGGAUUCCCUGGAUUGGCCUGCUGGGAAGAAAGAAAACAAGGGAGGUGGGAAAAAAAACUCCAGGUUUUUGAGUUUUAUCACGCGUUUAUAACAGUCGUGUCGUCAGACAGAAGCAAAAUGUCGCAGUCUGGAGAAAAAGGAAAGUUCCCUGAUGCUGCAGGAUACGUGGGAUUUGCCAACCUGCCCAAUCAGGUUCACAGGAAGUCUGUGAAGAAAGGCUUUGAAUUUACACUGAUGGUUGUAGGAGAGUCUGGUCUUGGUAAAUCAACCCUGAUCAACAGCCUCUUCCUGACUGACCUCUACCCAGAGCGCUAUAUACCUGGAGCGGCAGAGAAAAUUGAGCGCACGGUCCAGAUUGAAGCGUCCACGGUGGAAAUCGAGGAGAGGGGAGUGAAGCUCCGCCUCACUGUGGUGGACACGCCUGGAUACGGAGACGCCAUCAACAGCCAGGACUGCUUUAAGACGAUCAUCCAGUAUAUUGAUAAUCAGUUUGAGCGAUACCUGCACGACGAGAGCGGCCUGAACCGCAGACACAUCGUUGAUAACAGAGUACACUGCUGCUUUUACUUCAUCUCUCCGUUUGGACACGGCCUGAAGCCUCUGGAUGUUGAGUUUAUGAAGGCGAUCCACAGCAAAGUCAACAUCGUUCCUGUGAUCGCCAAAGCCGACACGCUCACGCUGAGAGAGAGAGACCGUCUCAAGAGAAGGAUUUUGGAUGAGAUCAGUGAGCACGGGAUCCGGAUCUACCAGCUUCCCGAUGCUGAUUCGGACGAGGACGAAGAAUUCAAGGAACAGACUCGUGUCCUAAAGGCCAGCAUCCCGUUUGCAGUGAUCGGCUCCAACCAGCUGAUAGAGGUGAAGGGGAAGAAGAUCCGCGGACGCCUGUACCCGUGGGGGGUGGUGGAGGUGGAAAACCCAGAGCACAACGACUUCCUCAAACUACGCACUAUGCUGGUAACUCACAUGCAGGACCUGCAGGAAGUCACUCAAGAUCUCCACUAUGAGAACUUCCGUUCGGAGAGACUAAAGCGAGCUGGCAGGGCGGCUGAUGAAGAUGUGUUGGACAAAGACCAGAUCCUCAUGGAGAAGGAAGCUGAGCUGAGACGCAUGCAGCAGAUGAUUGCUCAGAUGCAAGCUCAGAUGAAGAUCAAACCGGGAGAUGACUAAGUGUGUGUGUGUGUGUGUGUCUAUUUGUGUGUUGUGGGAACAGGAAGUGCCAUCUGACUGGAGGUUCCAUUAUCCUGCCCAUUUCUAAACACUAUUUGCUUGUCGAAUCCCUCAUGUUUAUCAGAUUAAUGGAACGUAAUGUUAAUGUUGUCUAAUUCAUAUAACCACAUCACUAUCGCAGCUCCGCCCAUACCAAUAACCUCAACAUUGAAACAAACGGUCCGUUAUCAUGUCGUUUAAUCAGUCAGGAUAGAUGCUGUUAAUAAUUUAUAUCACCUGUAGUCAAUCAUGGUUUCAUUGACAAUGUUCAGCGUGUGUUCGUCUGUAGAUUGAUCAGGGUUUGUGGUCAGCUGGAGACUUUAUGUUUUUCUGUGCCAAACACUCUUUUUAAGCUGCUUGGCUUGUACCGGUCAUUCAUCAGACUGGCAUAUGUUUACCUGAUCACCUCGUCAAUACUUUAUAAAGCAUAUAUAUUACUUUUGACUGUGGAUGCAUGGGAUAAAAUAAGAGGACGAUGCACUGGUAGAUGCACCUGGUCAAGUUUACAAUUUUAGAAAAUGUACCUGUUUAUAAUCAUCAUGCAUUCACACAGACGAAUUAAUAUCAGAGUUUGUUGGACUGGUGUUUGAAAAAGCGGUCAGGUGUUUGCACAUACAAAUUUUAGCACAAAAAGUAUCACUAACAAAUAAACAGAUGCUCUCAAAUCAUGUUUCUUUUAAAUGCAUUUGGAUCUAUGUUGAUUUGAGCUGCGUUGGGCAGCACUUCCCUCUAGUGGACUAUACAGAAAAGCACAAUAGAAAGCACAUUAAACUAUAUUUUGCCAGAUUGGAUCAUGAAAAUACUGGCUACAAUUGGACAAUCUCUUGACAUCCUGUUUGCGUUUUGUCAAUGAUGCGAUAUCUGGUCAUCUUUUUGAAAGGGAAAUCGGUUAAUAAAGUGGUGCAGCAAAUAUUGUUCACCUUGUGUGAAUCUAGUAAGAUGACGGUAAAGUUAUGUGUUUAUUGUGGACGCACUGGUUCAGCUGUUGGUUUGUAUUUUGAUUCACAGAAAUGCCUUAACUCCAUUUAGAGACAUGGUGCACACAUUUCUCUUCUUUUAUACUCAUAUUCUUAUGGUUUCGGGUUUGUUUUCUAUCAUUUUUAUGGCUUGAUUUUCACUUUAUUUGCUACUUAAACAUUAACAUCAACCGCAGUGAUCUUUAUGUUUCUUGUUUAGCAGCUGGAACAUUUAUAACUGUAUGUUUUAAAAGUUCAUCUAAACGGUACAAGGUCUAAUAAACGGAAUGAAAUGCACCAUCACUGCCUGCACAUCGACUUCCAAGUCAUUUUACAGCAUUGUUGUGAGUUAUUUGCUAAUUAUUAAUGUAAUGUCUGCUGUAAACACACUGAUUUUGUUUUGUUGUAUUUGUGGUUCAGCCCAGUUAUUUUGACUCGGUUAUCUCCUGUUUAGGUCUUUUUUAAUGGAUUAACACAGUUGUCGUUGUGCGGUACAGCAAUGCUUACUUCCCUGUUUAAAUGUUCCUUUUUGUAUUUGCUCAUGUUGAGAAAUAAAUAACUUUCAGAGUCA